AUGGCGAUACCCGAGGAAGAAGUUACACUUCUAGACUAUUCCGUUAACGGGUCCAUCGACCACCGUGGACUUCCCGCCGGAAAAUAUUCCACCGGAGGAUGGAGAUCGGCCUGGUACAUUAUAGGUGUGGAAGUUGCAGAGAAAUUCGCUUACUUUGGGAUUGCAUGCAAUUUGAUUACUUACCUCACCGGACCCCUUGGACAAUCGAUGGCGACCGCCGCCGUGAACGUAAACACAUGGUUAGGAACCGCCUUGAUGCUUCCUAUUUUAGGAGCUUUCGUAGCAGACGCUUAUCUUGGUCGUUACCGGACAAUUCUUGUAGCAUCUCUCAUCUACAUACUGGGACUAGCACUAUUAACCCUAUCAGCGUCCUUGAUCAUAAUGGGAUCAUCUGAGCAAAGUAACGACGCUUCUGCUAAACCGUCUUUUUGGGUGAAUAUAUUAUUCUUCUGUUCUUUGUAUUUGGUGGCGAUCGGACAAGGUGGACACACGCCGUGUGUUCAAGCGUUCGGUGCGGACCAGUUUGACUCGGAAGAUCCAAAGGAGGUAAUAUCAAGAGGAUCGUUUUUCAACUGGUGGUUCUUGAGUUUAUCCGCUGGAAUAAGUUUAUCGAUUAUAGUGGUUGCGUAUGUGCAAGAUAUUGUUAAUUGGGCGUUUGGGUUUGGAAUCCCUUGCUUGUUCAUGGUUACGGCUCUUGUUAUCUUCUUGCUCGGAAGAAAAAAGUUAUAG